AUGGCUAUCUCAACUCGUCAAUAUGGUCGCCGAGGUGCAAGUAAUGCUGCUACGACUACUACAAGCAGUACUAAUGCAACUGGUGUAUUAUUACCAUCAUCGGCAGGUGCAACAUCGAUUCCACCUCGUCGUUAUGUGUUGGAUGUACCAACAGGUCGUACAGUACGUACAAAUCAUAUGACAACGACGACAAGUCUAGCAAAUGUUAAUAAUGAAAAUGGCGAACGAUUAUCACGUUCAGGCUCUCGCGAAUACUAUUAUCGAGAUGGUGGAAAUGAAUCAUCAACAGCUACUGUAACCCGUUAUUUAGAAGAUGCGUCUUAUAAACAGCUAGUUGAAUCUGGUACAAACUAUAGAAGUACAAUAGCUGAAGAUCAAGAAGUUCAAGCACUUACAGCACAAGCAACACCUGAUGUCAAAAAUUAUCCGAUAAAUGUUGAUUCUAAUCCUGAUCUAAUUGUCAAACCAAAUACUCAACGAUUAACAUACACACAAGAUAUUGCUGUUCGAUAUUUAAAACCUGGUACACCACCGCCUCCAGGACCCAUUAUUAUUCGUGAAAUUCGUGCACCACCGCCACCAGCUGCUCCGCCAAUGAUUCUUCGUCAACGCCCUCCUCCGCCACGUACACCUUCACCUGUUAUUAUUCGUGAAAAACCACCACAACGUCCGAAAUCUGUACCAACAACAGUGAUUAAAAAGGUUAUUCCACCACCACCACCUCCACCGCGCAAGUUAAUUAUCGAGCGCCUACCUAAUCUUCCGCCGAAGCCACGUCCUGUCAUUAUUGAACGAUGGCUUCCAUAUCAGAAACAAAAACGUCAAGUAAUUCAUGAAAAAGCGAAACCAUUAGAACCAAUGAGUCGUAUAAAAAAUACUAUUAUCGAAUGGCGUCCACCAGAAGUAGAAGUUGUUAAACGGUUAAAAAAACUCGGAGUUCAAGACACUGAUCCACAGAGAUAUUCCAAUCAUCAUGGAGAUAAAUUAUAUACGACAGAAUUUGUUCAACAAAAAUUAACUGAAUUAGGUUUACAAGAAGAAAUUGCUUUAAUACAACAACAACACCAGUCUGCUGCAAACGAGGAAAUCGCUUUGGAAAAAGCUGACGAAUAUAAUGUUCAACAGAUCUUAAAUGGCUAUGGAACAUCAACAUCGUCAAGACAAACAUAUACAACAAAUACUGGUGGUACUGCAAUGCGUCUUGUUCGUUCGUCAUCUCAUUCUCGUGUUCUAGAUGAAUAUGGCCAACAGCAAGUAUUAUAUGAUCGUUCACCAAAUAAUUCAGCAACAGUUGUUUACGAUGGAAACAAUUAUAAUUUUGAUAAAAGUUCAUCAAAUAUACCUAUUCUUACUGAAGAUAUGCUUUUACGAUCUCAUGCAAGCAAUAAUGGUAAAUUUCCAACACAUCUUUUAACAAAACUUGGCUCGCAAAUCUACGAUAUGCCAUCAGAUCAAGUUGAUUUAUCAAAUAAUACUAGACAGACAACAGCACGUUAUUAUACAGUUAAUCAGGGAGAAACAGGCUAUGAAUCAGCUGGUGAAACAGCAUCUGGUUAUGCAGAAGAAAGAUACGUACAAAUAAAAGCAUCGGAGCUAAAAGAUGUAUUGGCUAAUUAUGAUGUUUAUUCAAGUUCAGGACAAAAAUUAGAAGGAGAAAAAAUUAACCUCUAA